UUCUUUGCAUCUUGGGAUACAACAGCUCCAGGGACCCUUCUUGGAGACCAUCAUGGAAAAUCCUGAGGAAGGAAGGGAGCUGCUUCUCAGGAGGAUCUCCAAGGAAGAUCAGUGUGGUGACACUUCAGGAGACAGUAGGACGAUGUCGAUUGUGUCUGUAGGAUCCUCUCCUUUUUCUAGUGUCUUCGAAAGAGCAGUUGGACCUCCAGCUCAGGGUCUUGUGUCCUUCGAGGAGGUGGCUGUAUAUUUCUCCGAGGAGGAGUGGUCUCAGCUGGAUGCUGACCAAAAAGCCCUGCAUGGGGAGGUCAUGCUGGAGAAUUCCAGGAAUGUGGCCUCUCUGGGAACUCAUGGGGAAGAAGGUGGAAAGUACAAGCAACGAUUGCAAGCACAUCACCCUGAAGAAGCUAAAGAGAAGCUGGCAAAUGAAAUGGAAUCAAAAUGUUCUGAGAGAAACCAAUUCACACGUGGGAAUAAUAGAAAAUCCGUUUUCCGAUGUGCUCCAAUUCAAGACUUUCUUACCCAGCAAAACCAUAGAGAAAAAAGGAAGAGAAAACGUUUAGGGAAAAGCAUGAAAAUAUGCAAAGACAGAUUUGAUUUAAACAAACCUUACAGGAACCAUGCUAUGGGAGAAAAAUAUCGCUGCAGGCAGGUUAAAAAAUAUUCUAAUCGGACUUUUUGUAUACAUGAAGACGUCAACAUGGGAGAUAAUCUGUACGGGUGCAUGGAAUGUGGAGAAAGCUUCAGCGACAGCAGUUCCUUGAUUUCCCACAAAAUAACCCACACAGGGGAGAAACCCUAUAAGUGCAACGAGUGUGGAAAGAGCUUCAGAAAGAGCAGUUACCUUACUUGUCAUAAAAGGAUCCACACAGGGGAGAAACCCUUCAGAUGUGUAGAGUGUGGAAAGAGCUUCAGCAAAAACAGUUCCCUUACUUACCAUAAAAGGAUCCACACAGGGGAGAAACCCUUUAAAUGUGUAGAGUGUGGAAAGAGCUUCAGCAAGAAUAGUUCCCUUACUUCCCACACAAGGAGCCACUCAGGUGAAAAGCCAUAUGAAUGCAUGGAGUGCAGAAAGAGCUUUAGAUGGCACAGUCAGCUUACUUCCCAUAAGAGGAUCCACACAGGAGAGAAACCCUAUGAAUGCAUGGAAUGCGGAAAGAGCUUCAGUACGAGCAGCAGCCUCACUUCCCAUAAAAGGCGCCACUCGGGGGAGAAACCCUAUGAAUGCAUGGAGUGUGGAAAGAGCUUCCGGGGGAGCAGUGCCUUUACUUCUCAUAAAAGGAUCCAUACAGGGGAGAAACCAUACAAAUGCAUGGAGUGUGGGAAAAUAUUUCGGAAAAGCAGUUCCCUUGCUUCCCAUAGAAGUAUCCACACUGGGGAGAAACCAUAUAAAUGCUUGGAAUGUGGUAAGAACUUCCGGGAAAAUGGAUCCCUUACUUCUCACAAAAGGAUUCACAGAGGGGAGAAACCAUAUAAAUGUAUGGAGUGUGGAAAGAGCUUUAGCCAAAGCGGUAACCUUAUUUCCCACAAAAGGAGCCAUUCAGGAGAGAAACCAUAUAAGUGUACGGAAUGUGGAGAGCGCUUUAUGUGGAACAGUCAGCUUACGUCUCAUAGAAGUAUCCACACAGGGGAGAAGCCAUAUAAAUGUCUGGAGUGUGAGAAGAGCUUCAGCGACAUCAGUCACCUGACUUCUCAUCAAAGAAUCCAUACGGGGGAGAAACCAUAUAAAUGUGCUGAGUGUGGAAAGAGUUUCAGCCAAAACAGUUCCCUUACUCUGCAUGAAAGGAUCCACACAGGGGAGAAACCAUAUAAAUGUACCGAGUGUGGAAAGAGCUUCCGCGAAAAGAGAUCUCUUCAUUCCCACAAAUUGAUCCACACAGGGGAGAAACCAUAUAAAUGCACAGAGUGUGGAAAGCACUUCCGUGAAAAGAGAUCCCUUCGUUCCCAUAAACUGAUCCACACAGGGGAGAAACCAUAUAAAUCCUUGGACCAUGGAAAGAGCUUCAGGAAGAACAAUUCCCUUACUUCCCAUAAAAGUAUCCAUUCAGGUGAGAAAUCGGAAAAAGCCCAGGAUCCCAAGGAAGGAGGAGGGGAUCUGGGGGAGCCCCCCACCCCCACUUCCCGGGAGAAAUCUUCGCAUCGCGGACAGGGAGCGGUUGCCACUGCACAGCAAGGAGAACAAGACCAACACCUUUGCAGGAAUGGAGACCAACAGGAGACCCCGUGGCUGCGCUUGCACAAACAAGGGCUUGAUGGGGUUAAAAUGACAGAAGAAAUGGGGGAACAACACCCAACAGAUGAAGGAGCUGGAAAAGGGUCUCCUGCUGCUCAGCCUGGGAGAUGUGGGGAGAUCUGGGCAAGAACCAGGCAGAAGAUCCUGGAGGAGGAAACCAUCAGUUCAGAGGUCCAGCGCUGGCCCUUCAGGAAUGUCCACUACCAGGAGUCCAAGGGGCCCCGAGAGCUUUGCAGCCACCUCCACCACCUUUGCCGCCAGUGGCUGCAGCCAGAAAGACGCACCAAGGCUCAGACGUUGGACCUGGUGGUCCUGGAGCAGUUCCUGGCCCUGCUGCCCCUGCAGAUGGAGAGCUGGAUACGGGAAUGUGGGGCAGGGACCAGCUCCCAGGCGGUGGCCCUGGCCGAAGGCUUCCUCCUGAGCCAGGCGGAGGAGCAGAAGCAGGAGGAGCUGCAGCUCCAGGGACCCUUCUUGGAGACCAUCAUGGAAAAUCCUGAGGAAGGAAGGGAGCUGCUUCUCAGGGGGAUCUCCAAGGAAGAUCAGUGUGGUGACACUUCAGGAGACAGUAGGACGAUGUCGAUUGUGUCUGUAGGAUCCUCUCCUUUUUCUACUGUCUUCGAAAGAGCAGUUGGACCUCCAGCUCAGGUGUCCUUUGAGGAGGUGGCUGUCUGUUUCUCCAAGGAGGAGUGGGCUCUGUUGGAUCCUGACCAAAAAGCCCUGCAUGGAGAAGUCAUGCUGGAGAACGCAGAGAAUGUGUCUUCUCUGGAAGGCGCGAAUGGCCGGGAGGAUGGGAAUCCUAGGCCACAACUCCAAACACUCCAGCAUGAGGAAGGAAAAGAGAAGCUGGGACGUGAAAUGGAAUCAAAAAGAAGUGAGAUGUGCCAGGCCACAGGUGGAAGUAAGAGAAGUGUGACUUCUCCAUGUGGUCCAAUCCAAGGCUUUCUUGCGGAGCAAAAUCACCAAGAGAAGACAAAGAGAAAGUGUUUGGGGCAAAGAGUGACCAUCUGCAAAGACAACUUUGAUUUAGAAAAAUAUGACACAAAUCCCACAGAGAGAGAACAGCAUCAAGGCAGGGAUGUUAAAAAGUCUCCCAGUAGGAGUGUUUCUAUAGAUCAAAGCGUCAACCUGGGAGAGAACCUGUCUAGGUGCACGGAACGUGAGGAGAACUUCAGCUGCAGUAGUUCCCUGACUUCCCAUAAAGUAAUCCAUAAAGUUGACCAACCGUAUAAAUGCAUGGAGUGUGGGAAGAGUUUUAAUCAAAGGAGUAACCUUAUUUCCCAUAAAAGGAUCCACACCAGGGAGAAACCAUAUGAAUGCACAGAGUGUGGAAAGAGCUUCAGAAAGAACAGCUCCCUUACUUGUCAUAAAAGGAUCCACACUGGGGAGAAGCCCUAUAAAUGCAUGGAGCGUGAAGGAAGUUUCAACAGCAGCCGUUCUCUGGCUUCCCAUAAAAUAAUCCAUACAGAAAAGAAACCUUACGAAUGCAUGGGGUGUGGAAAAAGCUUUAGGUGGAGCAGUCAGCUUUUUUCCCAUAAAAGGAUCCACACAGGGGAGAAACCGUAUCACUGCACAGAGUGUGGAAAGAGCUUCAGGUGGAGUGGUGAUUUCACAUCUCAUAAAAGGAUCCAUACAGGGGAGAAGCCAUAUAAGUGUGCAGAAUGCGGGAAAAUAUUUAGAAAAAGUGGUUCCCUUACUUCCCAUAAAAGUAUCCAUACCGGGGAGAAACCAUAUAAGUGCACGGAGUGUGGAAAAAGCUUUACUCAGAAUGGCAAACUUACUUCCCAUAAAAGGAUCCACACAGGGGAGAAACCGUAUAAAUGUGUGGAGUGUGGGAAGAGCUUUAGUCAGAGCAGCCACUUGAUUUCCCACAAAAGGAGCCACUCAGGAGAGAAACCCUAUAAAUGUAUGGAGUGUGGAAGGAGCUUCAUGUGGAACAGUCAGCUUACGUCUCAUAGAAGUGUCCACACAGGGGAGAAGCCAUAUAAAUGUGUGGAGUGUGGGAAGAGCUUUAGUGACAUCAGCCAUCUUACUUCUCAUCAAAGGAUUCACACCGGGGAGAAACCGUAUAAAUGUGUGGAAUGUGAAAAAUGCUUCAGCAACAGUAGUUCCCUUUCUUACCACAGAAGGAUCCAUACAGGAGAGAAACCUUAUAAAUGUGUGGAGUGUGGAAAAUGUUUUAGUCAGAGCAGCAGUCUGAUUUCCCAUAAAAGGAUCCACACAGGGGAGAAACCAUAUAAAUGCACAGUGUGUGGGAAGAGCUUCAGUCAGAGCAGUUCCCUUACUUCCCAUGAAAAGAGUCACACAGGGGAGAAAGCUUAUAAUCCAUCACAUGGGGAAGGGUUGCAGCUGAAUUCCAUGUAA